CCGCUCACUGUACUUGGCUUGUGGUCCGCACCUUCGUUUGCAGCCAUAUCUACCUGCUCUGUGCACUGUCAGAUACCUCACACGAACCACGCUCGCAUUGACUGCGGCCGAUCUGACGCUGCUCUGGACUGGACCCGACCAGCACCACCACCUCAAUAUCCUUGACUUUGAUCGCACCCCUCUACAUUUUUGAACCAUGUCCGGGCUCGAUGAUCUGUGCGCAUGCCUCGCCGUAUGCUGCACUUGCUUCACAUUCUCCUGCAAUGAAGCCUCCGGCCUCUUCUGUUUCUACAAAUCCUGCAACUGCUGCACGCGUCGUCACAUGGACGACAAAGACUUCGAGCGCACCGUCGAGGAGCUCUACGCACACGGCAAAGACUCCCCCGACGCCCCCGGCGGCCCCGGCACGCAGACGCACGUCCUCGAGCUCCAGCCGCGCGGCGCGAGCAAGGGCACGGACGGCUCCGUGAGCGCGCAACCGGCGCCUCGCCCGUCCAUGGAGGCGCCCCCGCGCCCCUCGCUCGACGGAGCUCCCGGGGCGGAGCGCAUUCCUGGGGAGCCCCGUGCAGAGCGCCGCGAUCGCACGCGCGAGUGGGUCCAUGCGCAUAGCGCGUCGGAGCCCGGGAUCGGCGCGGUGAGGGCAAGGUCGCGGCCGCGGAGCAGGAGCCAGGCGGACGGCGCGGCGCAGGGGCAGGGGAAGGAGGGGCCGAAGACUCCUGGGGGGUCGAUGCGCGCGAAGGGGAAGGAGCCGCUGCCGAGCGACGCGCAGGCGUAUGUGCAGUCGUGGAAGCGGUCGCAGGAUGGGGGACCGCGCGAGGGCGUGGAGGGAAAAGUCGAGGAGGCCGUGCCCAUGCCCGUACCCGUGCCAAGCGUGCAUAGGGAGGGGAGCGGGAGGACUCGGCGGGACGAGCAGGCACUGGAGGAGGGGGAAGAGGAGCGGGCUGGGAGGAGCGGGACGUCGCCUCCGCGGCUUGAUAUCCCCGCGAGCUUGCGACCCGGACGGCCGUCGUCGUGGACGCCCUCGCAGCUGCAGCUCGAGCCGCAGGCGGCUGCUGGGCAAGCGGGGGCAGCUCCCUAGAGUGGUAGGGGGUUGGUAUCUUGAGGACUUGUUGUGGUUCGGUUCGUGUGCAUCUGCUCUCUCGUUGUAUAGUGCUACAUUCAUUCUGGGUUUACGUCGCUCUCUACUAGUACCGUCGUUUCGUUGUCGCAUAUGGGUUCGCAAACUGAAUACAUACAUGCUCGCUUUGC